GCAGUUGUAAAUGGCGCCUGACGCGCAGCAGUUUGAGCAUCUGUCAGUCGCGUAGGCUUUCGACGUUGACACGUUUCUUGCGGUCAGCUCGCGUACACAAUGACCCGGUACGACCCUAAAGAACGGUUCAGGUACCUCAAGGAGUUGGUGACAGAGUUUAACACUAGCUGCUCCAACGAGGCGAAAGAGCAGGUUCUGGCCAACUUGGCUAACUUUGCCUACGACCCGAUCAACUACGACCAUCUCAAACGCCUGAACAUUGUCAGCUUAUUUAUGGAUCAGUUGGACAGUGCCAAUGAUAACCUGAGAGAGUUUGCCAUUGGCGGCAUCUGCAACCUCACUUCGGACCAGGACUUCCGUACAGAGGUCCUAAAGCCCGACAACCUCAACAAGCUGAUCAGCUGCCUAUCAACAUCGCAGGAAGAGACAGUGUUGUCUGCAAUAACAACGCUUAUUUCUCUGGGACUGUCCGGUUGCCAGUCAGAUAUCACAACAGCAUCUGUGAUCGACUGCAUGGUGCGAUAUUCAGAAUCUCCGAACACGAGGCUCAGCAACCUCGCCAAGCUUUUCCUCGAAGAUAUCUGCAGCCCGGAACAGAUCAACAGUGUGGCGAAUGCUGCUUCUGCUGCUGUUCCAUAGAGUAAAAUGGGUGUUAUGUGGCUUCAAGUUGCAUGGCCCACUGGAUCUUUGUACAGAUACUUGCAUUUUUGUACCCCUUUUCGAAUGGGGUUGUUUCGUUAAUAAAAGGCCAUUCUGGCCCUAAGUGUAACAUGAAUCGUAGCCAGAAGAGGCAUAAGAAGUGUACCUUAUAGAAUAGGCGUACCUUAUAGGCCCAUUGUAUUUACAGAAGUCAUUUCUAACCAUGAUGCUUGUCAUUGUAAACUGGGUCAUAAUAAUGAGAGAUUGUGUAGAGUAUCGGUAUAGAGAUUAACGUGCCAAAAAAUGCUGAGACGAAACGUACGUAGUCUUUAUAGCUGCCAAUUGCAAACUGAUUUCUCCGCUUGCUAGCACAAGAUUGUAUAAAUCACAAUCGCACAUCAUGAAGCACACGAUCGCAGCAGCAUGUGCAUCAUCAUCGGUGAACACAAUAGCUGUAGAGAGCCUGUGCACUAACAAUGCUAAACAAGAUACAAACUUACAUUGAACCAAAAGGACAUUUCCAAUGAAAUUGCUAUCUACUAAGUUUUCAGUUUUCAUCACUUUUCCACCGUUCUUUUUAAACCUUUUUUUUAUUUUUGUGUUGACAAUUUUUUAUCGUGAAGGCCAAUUUGAUUCCUAGAGUCUAGUGUCACAUGGGAGGUUUUCGGCAUUCAUAACGUGAGACUUGUUUUAACGUAAAAGCAUUGAAAAACACAUUUCACGGAAACUUUGCGGUCACUGUAGGCGUGGGCAACGUUUGUUGUGAGCGAAAAAUCAUCUUGGGUGUGACUGAACAAUCGAGAAAGACACAAAUAAAGUAAGUAAUAAAAUUUCGUGGUUCGAAUCAGAAUUGAACUCGGGCAGUUUGCAUGGCUAGCAGGUGUUCUACCAUACAGCCAAGCAUCUGCUUGUGAAUAUAGUGAAAAUAACUUACUUUGAUUGGAAAUGCAGUGCAAGCAACUUUCACACUUUACAAACACACGCGUCUCGUAUACAUGCUUCGUAAUACUACAUGAAAUAUUGCAGUAACAUUGCGUUGUACAAGCGUCCAUUGCAAUCAAGCGUCGGAACAUGUGCUUAUCAUAACGAAUUCAUGAUUUAAAGUCUGCCACCAAUUGCAAAAGGCACACACAUUACAGUUUAUUUAAGACCACGUAGUGGGUGCAUAGCAAGUUCGAAAACGUUUCACACGCAUAAUUGCUCGGGGUUUAAACGAACACCAAAGGUAAAUAUUAAGCCGACGUUGAUUGUUGAAUGAGCGGUUCAGAAACCUCGUAGUGUUUUUAAAUAAGCACUUCCUUGGCACUUUUGUGCCAAGGAAGUGCUUAUUUCGAAAUGAAAUCGCAUUUCAGUGGUCCGCAUCGCAUUAGCGCACUUCGAAUCGCCCUUCUGAAAGCGGGUCUUUCUGAGGUCACUGUUGCCGUUCCCAAGGUUGCCCGCCUUUACUGUGCAACCACCGACACUGUUGGCAGCAGAGCGAAAGUAGCGGGAGCUACAGCAGCAAUAACGACCACUGAACAAUUUUCUGCUUGCUUGGUUCAACUGAACUCCACUAGAUGGCACCACCUACUCAGCCUAACCGGUGAAAACAAAACUUUUGAACCACUCGCGUCAUUCCCCGUAGUGACACCAGGCAGUUCUUUAUCUAUGAAUCGAACAUAAACAGAUGAGCAGCAUUUUUAUUUCGUGUUGUAAUGUACACAAGGUUCUUUUUUAAUGCUGCUCAUUUGAUUACCAGUGUUUAAUUGUAGUAAGACGCUCUCGCAUCAUUGGGAUUAUUUAAAAAAUGUCGCUCUCGUGGCGUGGCGCAUGUGGUGUCGUACGUUUACCCUAAUUUUUCUAUUACUAGAGCACUGCUGUUGAAUUGAUGUUCUAGACAUACCCAACACUGAUCUUUCACUCUGAAGUAAAUUAUUUGCCUUCAGUGUAAAGCAUGCUACCCAUUACACAGAAUGCAGCCAUACACAAAAGUUUCACUGACAAGCCACAUUCAACUUUUAUUGAUUAAAUUGUAGUAAUCCACAAUUUAAUUUUCCCGAGUUAGGUAAUAUAACAAAAAGUACGCACCAAGUGGUUGAAGUAUGCACUAGGGACAGGGUAUGGCUAUCGAGGUCAACUCUUAAUGGAGAAACUGAAGGGUCCCCUCAAUUUUUUAUCUCUUGACAAACGCAUUAGUGGCCAUAAUCAUAUGAUUUUGAGGGCUUGGCAAUGUGUGCAUGACUACCUGUCCUUUGUUUCAAUACGGAUCUUGUUCUAAAUUCGCAGCAUUUCUUAGCAAAUUUGGCGACUUGACUGAUAGGUGCACUUACUUUUGCUGACAGUGUGCAGGUUGACAGUGUCUGUUUCUGCUGAUGGUGUUAUUCUGUAUUUAUUCUUUAUUCAAUUAUUACCCUACUUAGCUCGAAGGCGCUGCAGCAGGCAAGUUACAAUGUCAAGAAAAAUAAAUCUGCAUUAAUACAGCACACUUUGUUCUCUUGACAAACAAUUUCAUUUGCUGAUGGAACGAACAAAGAAUGAAUUAGCAUACAAAUUUGAUCUGUUAAGGUACUCUGAAACCUUAACAGUGAUCAUUGUACAAAAAGACAUAACUAGGACUGUGGAGGUACAUUUCUUUUUGAAUACUGGUUUUACCAUGAAAUCUUUGAUACAGGAGCUUUAAUCAGUUUCCUUCAAAAAGAUGAGAAUAAUUCCCAUCCUAGCUCGUUUUUCCUAUUGGUGCAACUGUCAUUUCUUAAGUACUGAUAGGACAAACCUUGCCACUCUGUUUCUAUGCUUCUUUCACAAGUAUUUUAGGGUUAGAUGCUCACAUUCCAGAAGGACUAAAAAUUGGUAGUUGGUGCCUGUUCUAUUAGUGUUUCAUCUCACUUUAUUUUUGCACCUUAGUAACUAUACCACUAUGUCUGACCUAGUACUAACUCCAACAAGAGCUCUGCUGCAUGUAUUGUGUUAAUAUUAUACUGUGGUUACAUAACAUGGAUGCAUUGAAUAAAGAGAUGUUACGAUUAAAA